AUGGACGCCGACGGCAACCCGUCCGCCUCGCCGCUCCGAGCUGUUGCUUCCGGCCUGCUCGCGCGAUUUAAGCCCGGGGCCCCCGCGCCAGCCAAGUCCGCCAAGGACGCGGAGGCGGAAGAAGCGGCGGCGGCCGCCGCCAGAUUCCCCAAGAGCAGCAGUCGAGGCAGCAGCACCAGCAGCACGCCCACGUCCGGAGGCGCCACCCCCAGCGCCUUCAGCCGCGGGGGCGCCGGCGCUGCUGGGAGCGCGGGUACCAGCGGGGCGGGGCGGCGGAAGGAGGAGGAGGAGGGAAGGCCGCGGAACAGAGUUCCGGGGGCGAAGAAGCCCUCCGCUUCUUCCGCCAGUGGGGGGGACGACGAGCUGCUGCGGACGGUUUCGGGGGCGUCUACUGACUCGUCUAAGGGGAGGGUCAGGCGCGCGGCUGUGCAGGCGGAGGCGGGGGAGGAGGGGCGCGCGGGGCGGGUGAGGGCCGGCGGACUGGUGGAGCACGCGGAGGGGAUGGAGGGGCAUGAUGACGAGGACGCCCACAGGAAGAAGAAGGACGCCAAGCGCUCUGCGCGGAAGGAAGCGCUAGAAGAAAUGCGCGCGGAGGUGGAGCACCUGCGGGAGCAGCUGCGGGACGCGGGGGAGAAGGCCAAGGAGGCGGACGACAGGGCGCGCGAGGAGGCGCGGAAGCGGCAGUACGUAGAGGCGGUGAUGGCGGAGCUUGAAGAGCAGAUGCAGGCGGAAACAGGCAAGCGAGAAGCCGCGGAAAAAGCGCUCAAGGAGGCGCGGCGGAAGCUGGAGCGCGCGGAGGGGGACGCGGAGGGCGCGGAGGGGAAGGAGAGGCGGGGCGGAGCGGGGGAAGAGGUGGCGGAGCUUGAGGAGCGGUUGGAUGAGGCGGAGAGGCGUUGGGAGGAGGAGAGGGACCGAGCUUUGGAGCUAGAGCAGGAGUUACAGAUGGUAGAUGAGGAGAUGAAACUAGAGAGAGAGUCUAUGCGGGAAAGUAUGGCUGCAUAUGCUAAGGGUAUGGAGGAUUUAGCGACUCAGGCUGAGGAUGAUUUCAGGCGGCAGAUUGACGAUUUGAAAGAUGACUUGGAACGCGCGAAUGCUGAGCUGGACGCGGUUAGGGAUGAGCUGGACAGGGCGAAUGGUGACGUGGAAAGAGGGAGGGAUGAGCUGGAGAAGGGGAGGGAUGAGGUGGAGGGCAUGCGCGCGCGGGUGGAGGAGGCGGAGCGGACGGCGCAGGCUGCUGUGCGGAAGGUGCUGGAGGAGAAGGGGAGAAGGGAGGAGGCGGAGAGGGAGGCGGAGGAGUGGCGGAAGAAGGCGGAGAGCAGUGCGCGCGGAGAAGGAGGGGCUGGGGGCAGUGGAGAAGCGGGGGAAAAGAGCGAGAAGAGCGAGAAGAGUGAGGAGGAAGGGGGGAAGGGAGGGGCGGGGAGGAUUGUGGAGUUGGAAAACGAAUUAGAGGACCUAAGGGAUAGGAUAGAGGCAGCAGAAGCUCAGAAGGCGAAUCUGCUGGAGCGGUGGGAGGAGGGCGAGCAGCGCAGGCAGGCAGCAGAGCAGCAGCGCGACAAGGCGGAGGCAGCGCGGAGGGAGCUCGAGGACGCAGGUGAUUGA